GGGUCUGGAGGCGGGCGCCGAUAAAGGGCCGUGCUGCUCUUCCGUUGUGCCUCGUUCUCCGGCCUUAGGGCUGUGCUGCUUUUCCCAGCUGGCAGCCAUGGAUGCGCGGGCUCGUGCUAAGCGCUAUGAGAAACUAGACUUCUUAGGGGAGGGACAGUUUGCUACUGUGUAUAAGGCAAAGGACAAGAACACGGGUCAGAUCGUUGCUAUCAAAAAGAUUAAACUGGGACAUCGAUCAGAAGCUAAAGAUGGAAUCAACAGAACAGCGCUGAGAGAAAUAAAAUUGUUACAGGAACUAAGCCACCCGAAUGUUAUUGGUCUGUUAGAUGCAUUUGGACACAAAUCUAAUAUUAGCUUAGUAUUUGAUUUUAUGGAAACGGACCUUGAGGUUAUUAUCAAGGAUACUAGUAUUGUAUUAACACAGUCUCACAUCAAAGCGUAUAUGCUGAUGACACUUCAAGGGUUAGAGUAUUUACAUCAACAGUGGAUUCUGCACAGGGAUCUUAAACCAAAUAAUUUGUUGUUAGAUGAAAAUGGUGUUUUGAAAUUAGCUGACUUUGGCUUGGCAAAGUCUUUUGGAAGCCCAAACAGAGUUUACACACACCAAGUAGUAACAAGGUGGUACCGAUCUCCAGAACUGCUCUUUGGAUCUAGAAUGUAUGGAGUUGGUGUCGAUAUGUGGGCUGUUGGUUGUAUUCUAGCUGAGUUGCUUCUCAGGGUUCCUUUUUUGCCUGGAGACUCUGAUCUUGACCAGCUGACAAGGAUUUUUGAAACACUGGGCACUCCAACAGAAGAACAGUGGCCUGGAAUGGCAAAUCUUCCAGAUUACAUCACUUUUAAGCCUUUCCCUGGAACGCCUCUUCAACAUAUCUUCAGUGCAGCUGGUGAUGAUUUACUUAGUCUUCUACAAGGGUUAUUUACAUUUAAUCCUUGUUCUAGAAUUACAGCCACUCAGGCACUGAAACAGAAGUAUUUCAGUAAUCGCCCAGGACCCACUCCAGGAAAUCUGCUACCCAGACCCAACUGUGCUGUGGAAGCUGUAAAGGAGCAGCAACAUGCACUUUUGAAUUUAAAAAGGAAACGAGGAGAGGGAAUGGAUCAAGCAUCUUUCUCAGCUCUGUUGAGACGGCACUCCAGAAACUGAAUAGCCUAAAUUGGGAAGCGGUGGGUACCCUUUUAUAAAAUCUUGUCAUCAGAGGCUGGCUGCUAAGACUGCACUGAAGCCAUCCCCAUGAAGUGCUGCUUUUUCACAAGGGAAAAACACUGUAGGCUUGGGGAGCACUCAUCGAACUUAAAUGUUGUGAUCAGUGACGUACUGGAGGCACUGAUGUCUGCUGAUUGUCCAUCUUUUCCACUCUGGGAAAUGGUCAAAUGGAGCACUUCUUAGUCAGGACACAAAUUCCAGUCCUGAUAAUUUGCAUUUCUACAGAGCUGUAAGCUCAUGAAAUUGAGCAUGUAGAAGAUAUGGCAGUCAUCUCUUUCCUCACUUAAUAUGGAUCUGAGAUUAGGCGGGUUUCCUGUGCCAUUCUGCACUGGCUUGAAAAAAUAAAAGUCAGCCUAUUAAUAUCUAAAGUUAGACUGUAAUUCUGUAAUUUGGGUGUUUGCUUAAGGUUUGUGGGAAUUAUUUGUUGUUCCUCCUGCAGACAGUUCUGCUGGGUAGUGACAGCAUGUGAAAAAGGUUAUUGAGUGUACAGGUGAUGUAUGAGAACAGAAUGCCUUUCUUAGGCUCAAAUGUAGGUUUAACUGGCUAACUUUUCCAAGAAAGAUAAACACUCAAGUGUAUCCCAAAUGCAAUUAAUAACUAUGGAAUUUGGGUCUUACUUGAAAUAUACCUACUGAUGCAACUCAGCCUGGAUUCUAGCACUCUCCUGUAGAUUUACUGAAAAUGGUUAUGUACAACUGCUGCAGCGAACAGCGUUAACUAUCUCUGGGUAGAUGGAUCUGAACAAUAGUAUUAAAUGCGUGCAAAAGCCUCGAUGAGGGCUGUCAGCACCUUUACUGUGGUAACAAUGUGAUUUACACUUUUCAGGAUUACCAAAAAAGUUGAUUUUUUGAUUGCUGUGGAUGGUGGAGGAAAAUGAGAGCUCAAAUGACCUGAGUCCCAGCCUUGAAAAACGCUGUAAUAGUCACUCGAAGGUUAUUCUUAGAAUAUAGUAGUAUGUUAAAUGCUAUUGUAAUAUUUUAUUAAUAGGAAAGAAGUUUUUAAUUUUUCUUAAAUAAAACACACAAAAAAAAAAACCCCAAGAUGG